AUGGCAGUGGUGGCGGUCACUGAGAUACUGGUGAAGCUGGCGGGCCCUAUCCUGACCAACUUGGGCUUCAGUGGCUGUGUGGGCGCUGCCGCGGGCUAUGCGCUCAAGAAAGUUGGCCAGGUUGUGGCGCUAUGUGUGGGCGUGGCAUUCCUGUUCAUUCAAGGCCUAGCCUACACGGGUUUCAUCACCGUCAACUGGACUAACGUACACAGUGCUGUGACGAACGCGUUGGAUGUGAAUAAGGACGGGAAGGUGGACGCGGAUGAUUUCAAGCCACUCGUUAGCAAAGGCCUUGGAGCGCUGUCGCAAGGUGUACCCAGCGUUGGCGGCUUCUUAGCUGGCUUCCUAAUGGCGCUCCGUAGCUUUUGAGUUUCUAAUUGUAGAGGGUAUAAAGUUCUUUCUGCACCAAGGCGAAAGCAGCGUUUCGUGGGGAAGCCCGUGGUGUGGGCAGCUGGGAUACCCACCCUGCUGCAUGUACAUUACAGUUACGUUUGAGUUUGUGAUCUGAGGGGAGCGUGUAGAUUUAUUCUAUACUUUAAGCGUACUACGUGCGAAGGAGGUGUUUGGAGAAACAUAAAUUUAUCAUCGCGUACGGACGGUGCAAAGGUGUGGCGCGCGAGACAUGUUUUCCAAGCCAUGUUAAGGAGUUCAACAUAUGUAUAGAGUAACUUUAUAUUCUUUUCCACAAGCUUGGUACAUUGAUUAAAGCAAGCUGGGACGAAGUUCUUGACGUGAGCAUUUCAUGCAUAGAAACUAUGAACGUGUUUUGUAACUAAAUUCGGCGUCG